UGACCAUGCAGUAGCUGCGCAGCAAGGAAAGGGUUGAAGAGGAAACAUGUCUCAGCAGAAAAAGAGCGCCUUUGUGAUACAUGCCUUCAAAACACAGCCUCCCAAGGAUGCAGACAUGCCGAAGCGUUCCUGGGAAAAGUUAGAAGGAGCCAUCAUCCAAAUUUUCAAUGAGAAUGCAGGAGAACUUAGCUUUGAAGAGCUGUACAGGACGGGUUACAACAUGGUUCUGCAUAAACACGGAGACAUGCUGUACAACAACGUGGAUGCUACGUUGAAGCGGCGAUCGAUGGAGUUGUGCGAGAGGGUGGAGAAGAAUACAGAUGAAACGUUCCUGAGCUCGCUCAAGAAGAUAUGGACCGAGUACAAGAGGAGCCUGCAGAUGGUACAGGACAUCCUGAUGUACAUGGAUCGCACGUACGUCAAACAGAACCAAAAGAAGCCGGUUUAUGACAUGGGACUGGGCAUCUUCUGCCAACACUGUGUUCGAGCUGCUGGCGUGAAGGACAGGCUUCGCAGGCUGACCCUUGAGCUGAUAAGAAGGGAGCGUGAUGGCGAAAAGAUUGAACGGGAUAUUCUGCGAAGCAUUUCACAGAUGCUCCAGGAAAUGGGGAAAUCUGUCUUUCAUGAAGACCUUGAAAAACCUUUCAUUGAGAGCUCGCAGCAAUACUACAUGGUGCAAUCCGAGAGUCUAAUCACAGGAAGCUCAACACCAGAAUAUCUUCGCUAUGUCGAAGCCAAACUAUUAGAAGAAUCAGAGAGAGUUUCUUCCUGCCUGUCGAUAGAUUACAACGCCGGAGACUCUGGUAUUAAACAAACGGUGGAAAAUGAGCUGAUAGGAAGGCACAUGAUGAGUCUUGUGGAGAAAGAAGGUUCCGGGCUGAUCCGCCUGCUGGAGGACUUCAGGAUUCAGGAACUGAAGAGCAUGUUUGAUCUAUUCUCUCGUGUGCAGGGCGGCACAGAUAUCAUUGAAGGAAAGGUUGCCGAUCACGUGGGACAGAAAGGGCGUGAAAUUGUCAUGUCUCUCGAGAAUCAAGCAGAUCCUCUGCAAUUCGUGCAUCAACUUCUAGAGCUCAAGGAAAAUUAUGAUAGGAUGGUCAGAGAAGCGUUUCGGAAAGAGAAAUCCUUGAUCAACAAGCUCCAUAAGGCGUUUGAAGUCUUCAUCAAUUUGAAUUCUCGAUCACCGGAGUACAUCUCUUUGGCUAUGGAUACGCAUUUAAGAGGCACCAAGACAAAGUCCAGUGGCCCUUCGAACAUCAGCGAGGAGCAGACGGAGGGCGUACUGGAAAGGACUUUGCAGCUGUUCCGCUUUCUGCAGGAGAAAGACAUGUUUGAGAAAUACUUCAAACAACACCUGGCAAAGCGGCUUCUGGGAGACAGGAGUCAAUCUGAGGACUUGGAAAGGAAAGUCAUCCAAAUGCUCAAAACAGAGUGCGGGUACCAGUUCACUGCCAAGCUCGAGGGGAUGUUCAAAGACAUGCACACGUCCGCAGACCUGCAUCAGUCCUUCAGCAGGCACCUUUCGCAGGGGGAUGGGAACUCGUUGUCUCUAGACCUUCAGGUCAAAGUGCUCACGACCGGCUUCUGGCCGACGCAACCGGCGCAGCAAUGUCGGCUACCGCCCGAGAUCGAUCAUGCCUGCAUGGUGUUCCAGCGCUUCUACCUCGCCCAGCACAACGGGAGGCAGCUGACGUGGCAGACUAACAUGGGCAACGCCGACCUGAAGGCCAAGUACGACAAGACGUAUCAGAUCAACGUCCCGACUUUCCACAUGGUCGUUCUCCUCCUCUUCUCGCCCGAAGGUUCGAACCAGCUCAGUUUCAAGGAGAUCGAGGCUGGAACCAACAUCCCCAAGGCUGACCUUCAGAGGACCCUCCAAUCGCUGGCAUGCGCACAUCACAAGCUGCUGGUCAAGGAGCCCAAGUCGAAGAAUGUCUCAGAGGAUGAUGUUUUCUUCUACAACUCGAAGUUCACUAAUCGGCUGAUCAAAUUCAAGGUCAGCACGAUCGCAGCUUCCAAGGAGAGCAACGAGGAGGUUCAAGCAUCGAGAAACAAGAUGAAUGAAGAUAGAAACCCGCAGAUUGACGCGGCGAUCGUACGCGUGAUGAAAGCUAGAAGAGUGAUGGAACACAACUUAUUAGUCGCCGAAGUCACAAAACAGCUGCAGUCUCGCUUCAACCCCAACCCUGUAAUCAUAAAGAAGAGAAUAGAAGGCCUGAUAGAGCGCGACUUCUUGCAGCGCCAAAGAGGAGACAUCAAGAAGUACGAGUACUUGGCGUGAUCGCGAGAAAGCAUCAUGUAGCAGCAGUUUUCAAUAAAAGCAUGAUGAGGAGC